GUAACUGCCUGGACCCCUGGGCCUUAGCCACGACACUUGCCACGUUCCCUUCAUGCACAGAUCCUUCAGUUCUUUAUAGUUCUCCUCUCCACUCUCAAACGUCCCCACCCCCCACCCCUGCCUGAGAAGCGAAAACUUGCUCCGUUCGUUUAUAGUUUUAGAAAAUGCCAGGACUCACCCUUGGGGAUACUAUUCCCAACCUUGAAGUUGAAAGUACCCAUGGAGUUAUCAAGCUCCAUGAUUAUAUAGAUACCUGGACCAUUCUUUUCUCCCACCCAGGGGAUUUCACUCCAGUUUGCACCACUGAACUUGGCAAGAUGGCUGCUUAUGCUCCAGAGUUCAGUAAGAGAGGGGUUAAGCUGUUGGGUUUGUCCUGCGAUGAUGUUCUUUCCCACGUUGAGUGGAUUAAGGACAUUGAAGCAUACACCCCGGGAAGGAAGGUGACAUAUCCAAUUAUUGCAGAUCCUAAACGCCAGGUCAUUAAUCAACUCAAUAUGGUGGAUCCAGAUGAGAAAGACCCCUCGGGAAACAGUGUCCCAUCACGGUCUCUGCAUGUUGUGGGUCCUGAUAAGAAGAUCAAGCUAAGCUUUCUUUAUCCAGCGAGUACAGGCAGGAACAUGGAUGAAGUGAUAAGGGUCUUGGAAUCCCUGCAGAGGGCAUCAAAGCACAAGAUCGCGACUCCUGUCAAUUGGAAACCGGGUGAUCCAGUGGUAAUAUCUCCUGAUGUGUCUAACGAUGAGGCCAAAAGGAUGUUUCCGCAGGGAUACAAGACUGUUGACCUUCCCUCCAAGAAGGAAUACCUGCGACUCACCAAUGUCGACUAGACUCACCAACUAGUACUAGCUCAGGAAAAAUUAGGUGGUCUGUUUCCUAAUGUUAUUGUAUAGCCUCUGUUGCUACUUGGUAACACAAUUAUAUGUCGUCCCCCGUGUGGACUGCUUACUCGUGCUAGGAAGGAAAAUAAGGGCGUGUGGACUGCUUACUCGUGCUAGGAAGGAAAAUAAGGGCGUGUGGACUGCUUACUCGUGCUAGGAAGGAAAAUAAGGGGAGUUUAAAUAAAUUAUGUGAUUUUAAAAAUUCGUUUUACUUGUAAUAUUAUUUUCUUUCUUUUC